AUGGAACUUGCCUUAAAUUUACUUGCUGUGUAUAAUGAAGAAAUUAGUCAACGAUUUCCUAAUAAUGAAGAUCACAAAAUUAUUAAUGAUAUAAUGAAUCUCUUAAAGCCAAUUGAACGCGCAACUUGUCUUCUUUCAGCUUCAAAUUAUGUAACACAUGAACAUUUGAUUCAAUAUAAAAAUGAUGAUGAAUUUUCACAAUGUAUAAUGGCAAAUGCAAUUUAUCAAAAAUUAGAGGAUUAUUUACCAAUUUUAGAUAAAUCAUCACAAAUAUCUUCAUUAUUAGAUCUAAGAGUAAAGCUAUCUGUAUUUAAAGGUGAAAAUGAAAUUAACAAAGCAAAAGACUUAAUAUUAAAGUUAAAUGGGUAUCUCUUAACAUUUACUUCAACCAUAGCUUCUAUAUCAGAUGAUAUUACAAAUACAAGAAAUUUUUUUAGGUAA